AUGGAACUGGGAGAUUUUGGUGAUGUGCAAGUCAAAUUGAAACAAGCUGAGGAAAAGUUACAUGAAGCUAAUGUGUUAUCUAAUGAAGACCCCUCUGAUAUUAAUCUUCUAAACAAUUAUAUCACCGCCAGAGGAGUUAGAGAUAUUGCAGCUCAAAACUUUCAUACUUUCUUAAGUCAGAAAGCAAGAAUUAACUGGAUUAAAUAUGGUGAUGCAAAUACAGCUGUUUUUCGUACUUCUAUCAAAUUGAGGCAAACAAAAAAUGAAGUUGCUGAAUUAGCUGAUGAUGCAGGUGGUAUUAAUUCAGAUCAAGAACAAAUAGCAUACUUGCUUAUAAAAUACUUCAAAACUAAAUUUGGAUACCAAUCAGUUCAUAUUACUGACUCUAUUAUUGAUGCAGUUCCUGAGUUAGUAUCUAGUGAUGAUAAUUGUUUAUUGGAAAAAGUACCUACAAAGGAAGAUAUUAAGGAUGUUUUCUUCAAUCUAAAUCCAGAUGGUUCACCUGGACCUGAUGGUUUUUCUGGUGCCUUUUACAGAGCUACUUGGGACAUUAUCUGUGAAGAGCUGGUAGCUGCCAUUCAAUUUUGUUGGUUCAAUCAAGUAAUUACAGCUGGACUCAACUCAAAUUUUCUCAUUCUUCUACCCAAAAUAAAAGGUGCUAAGAAAAUUCUGUCAAUGGAUUCAAAUACUUCUACAAACUACAAAAAUUUCCAUUUACUAAAUGGUGGUCCAAUUGGUUAUUUUGGAGUGGGUAGAGGAGUUAAACAGGGUGAUCCCCUUUCUCCCAUUUUAUAUGUUCUAGCAGCUGAUGCACUGAGCAGGAAGAUUAUUCAAUAUAUUCAAGCAGGAAAAAUUGCACCAAUGAGGCAAAAAAUCUAUUCAAAAUCUCAAAAUACUACUUAUGGAGUAUUAAUCAGCUUCUGGACAAGUGGUCAAUGCAACAAAGAGUAA